CGUCACACAAGAUGUCCGCAAUUUGUUCCCAACGCUUAGUAUAAAAAGUAAAAAUAAAGACAUUCCACAACUCUCGCUCCAAAAGGCUAGAUGUUAACAAAUUUUACACAAAUCCAUCGGUAAUUUACGUCAAAUUGCAUACAUUUUCAAAGUUUAAAUGGUAAAUGUUGUAAAGAUACUGUGUGACGAUUCGCUGUAACUAAGGAGUUCGCAAAAUGGUUUACCGUAUAUCAGUACAAAAGAAUUUCUUGACAAUGUUGGACAAUACGGCGUUGGUGAUGGCGAGACUUCUGUGUUUACUGUUGGUGGUGUGUUCGGUUGGCGGUUUGCAAUUGGAUGGAGCGUCAACGCGGAGGCCUAGGGUCACUAAAUAUAGCAAAACUACCGUUGCACCAGGAGUUUCAACGGAACCAGCAACAGAACGGAUUCUGAUGACAGCCACAUACAGAUUGCAGGUCUCGGGGGAAACCUGUAUACUUCUCACAGUGGACGCAUUACUCGACAUCUCCUACGUCACCAAGCUUAACGAGCGGGCUGAUGCAAACACCUUCGUUCCCAACAACGCUGUGGUCAGCGGUGUCUGCAAGGAGGGAGACGCGGAGACGCUGGUGCUCACCUUCAAGGACUUUGCGCUUGAGUGGUCUUUUGCUAAGACACCAGGUGGCGAACGCUGGUACGUUGACAGCAUGAAGUUGAGUUACAACUCGAGCGCUCGCAUCCUGGAGCACGCGGCGAAGCAGGGGCGCAGAGUUAGUCUCAGCACUGAUCCUAGAGUGCUCCUGUUCCCGACGCCAGUUGGGAAGUCCUUCCAUUGUCCUGAGGAGACGAUUGUGGAGUUAUCUGAACAAGACGCUACCCCCGCAACCAGCCACCGUGCUAAGCUAUAUCUCCGCCAGAUGAGACUGCAGGCCUUCAUGUACAAACGCGACGGCGAAUUCGGUCCGCCCUGGCAUUGUAGCGACUCCGCGCGCUCGCGCUCCGAAGCUGCUCCGGUGGCGGUCGGCGCGGCACUGGCGAUCGCCACGGCCGGCACUCUAGUGGGCUACGCCAUCUGGCGUUAUUUGAAGGUGAAAAAGGUUCAGUACGACACCAUGGAGUGAGCGGGAUAAGGACGUUCUGAAUUCAAAUUUUUGCCGGCCACUUGUUUUUUUUUAUUUCUUUUUUUGCGGUUAUUGAUUUUAUGGGUUCUGUUUUUAAAGGAUGGCCUCAAUUAUAUUUUUUCUAUUUUACUAUGCUUUUGUUUUCCAGAUAUUUUACAAAAUUAUGUUUGAAGCAUUCGUUUUUUUAAAUAUAUGAGGAUGGGUAACUUGAAAGAUGUGAUAGAAAAAUAAUAAAUAAAUAAAGAAAAUAUUCUGUUAGUAUAGUUGAAUUUUAGAAUCAACAUAAUAAAUAUUGAUUGCAAAAAUAGGAACUAACUGGCAUGUUGAUUUUAGUGAAUGCGAACGCGGAUCAGAGAAUUUGCCGUUGGUUUUGUAAAAACAUAGUUGCUAAACCAAAUUUUGACGUUAGUGUUAUGCGCAUGUGCGCAUCAAGACACGCGCCAAACAUCAAUGUCAACUUUGAUUUUCUUUAUUUUUUCUCAUUAUUUUUUUAAUAGGCUUAAGAAUUCAGAACGCGUUAGUUAUGCUAGUGAGAUGAUAAAAAAAAAUUGCCAACAUGUUUCAUAGAAUGGUAGACCAAGUUGUUGUUAAUGGUGAUGUGAAAAAUGCUCUGAGAUUAUAACAGUGAAUAUAAUAUUCAUUAGUUUAUGCUGAUAGUAUAUAAUUAAUUUUAAUUAAUACUCAAACGUAUUUUGCCUCUUACAAAAAAGAAUACUGUAAUCUGUGAAUUAAAAAAGUGAAGGUUUUAGCUAGUGUUGGGAAAGUCAACUUAUCGAUAUUUUUAAAAAACUGACAAGAUAAUAAAUACGAUAUACUUAGAUAGAUAUUCAUUAUACUUCACUGUUGUUCAUAAAAGUAGUUGUUCAGCAUAAACUGAUGAAUAUAAGAAAAUAUAUUAAAUUUGCUCAUAAUGAAAGUGUUGAGAUAAUUAUUGACUACAUAAUAUUCAGACAAAUUCUAAAAUAUAUUUCUGUCGUAAAAAUAUUCAUCAAAAUAAAAUGAUUUUUAAAGAAAUAUGUAAUACAUGUGUACCUUGAUUUGUCGAUUUUAUCACAAUAUUUUCUAUGAGUUAAAAUGAAACUAUGUUUAAUAAAGCUUAUUGACAAAGCAUUAUGAAAUUCAUUCGUUAGUGUGUAAGAAAAAGUUAAAAGUAUACUCAAAAAUAGCGCGUGGAAAUAUGUGUGCUGUUUGGAAUGUUUCAAAUAUAGUGCACUUCAGAAUAAAAUAAUAAUUGUUUGAUAACGUUGUUGACAGUUGAUAUAAUGUAAAAAUGUAUUUAAUCCCCAUAUAACCCCAAAUAUCCCAUAGGCUAGUGUUUUGUAUUUUCACUCGUUUAAGAAAAUUGGCUUACAGAUUAAAUUAAAAGAAGGGUUUUCUAUAUUUUUAUUGAUUAUUUCUUUGUUUUAUUAAUACUAUAAUAAAUCGUACAAAAGCGGCUGGUUUUGAAUAUAGAGUACAUAAUAAAGGAUUUGUAUAACUAUGAUAAAAACAUACAGUUUUAACAUAAGUGUGCUAACACUCGUAUAUAUAGCUUUUUUUGUAAGAUUUAUUAUUUUAAUAAAUAGUUAUGAUUUCAUAGCGAGCGUAAGUCAAUUGUCAUUAUUAUUGUAUCCUGUUAAACAUUUCUAUCAUACAUAUCAGAUGAUAAUAAUAUAAUUUAAUGGAUUAUUGUAAUUAGAGAAAUUAUUUGAGAUUGUUUGCGAUGUAGCGGACACUACGAUAAACGUGUACAAGCAAUAAAUAUUUUUUAUUGAACGCCGUCUUAAUGACACUGGCUGAAAUUUGAUGUUGUCUUGUGCGCAAAACUUGGUUUUUACUAGUGUUUAUGGAUGAUUUAGACGUUGACAGCUGAUUUGACAGUGACACUGACAGCUGCUCGCAUUGGCAAGUAAAAACAAAAGACGUUAUGGUUAUUCGUGCGAGUAACUCAUAAAGUAAGUAGGUAUAUGGUGUUACAGCUUGCAAUGUCUAAAGCGUGCAUUAGUGUAUAUUAUUAUGAUGCAGAUAAAUAUCUUGCUUGCAUAAUUAUUAAUUAUUAUAUUAGUAUAAGUUUAAUAUUUUCCUGUAAUGUUUUAAGUGUUAAUUACUUGAAAACUUACUGAGUAUAUAUUAAAAUAGGUUAAAAGCAAUUAUUUAAAUCUCAAAUUAAUUCCUAUUAAUUAAUUUUAGGUCUAUAACUCUGACUUGACUGAGUAGUUUAUUAUUUUUAGUAAUUGUGGAAUGUCAUAUGUAUUUCAGAUUUACAUCUUACGAAGAUAAAGUUUGAAAUAAAGAACAUGUGUAUAAUUUACCUUUAUUUUUAGAAAAUUUUAUCUACCUCUUAUGACUUCCAUAAAUUUUCAACAGGUUUUAUAUUUUUACAAGCAUUUGCUAGUCUUUUAUUGUAUUUGUGUUAUUACAGUUAUUAUUAUUUAUAUUUUUGAUAUUAAAGACUAUAAAUGUCUCAUCAAAUAUAAGAUAUAUUUUCUUCCAACAAAAUAUUCCAUUUUUUUUUGUUAAAAAAAAAAACAAUUUUGAUAUUUGUUCCCACAGGUUGCAUUUGUAUUUUACUCAUUUAGUUUAAGAAUAUUAUGUAAAAAUAUAUAAAUGUCAAAAUAUAUUUUGAAAAUAAUUUAGAAUUGUGUAAAUGGCUCUAUCGAAAUUGCUCCAAACGAGAAAUUACAUUAUAAUUACAUGUAAGUGAAAAAACUA